AUGUCUGUGAGUCACCAUCGUGAUGAAGGGCUGCAUCCUAGUCCUUCGCUCCCGCGGACCGCUGAAGACAUUGAACUGGCCCAGGUUAACGCUGGCUCGCGGGGAGAAUUGCUUUCGCGAGGGUCAGCGCAGAAGCCGGACCCAAUUUUAGAUAUUGUCUGCCCAAUCAUAAUCGCCCUAACAAAUAGCAUCGCACUCCUCGUCAUUUAUAAAUCGCCCACCACGGGAGAAAGCCACAGGAUAGGACUGGACCAAGGCCCCGCGUGCCCCGAUCUCGUCCUCCGCGAAUCCAUAAUAGUCUUUCCUUCGCUCAUCCAGCUUCUGGCUGUCACACCGCCGUUCAUGUAUUCAGCCAAGCCUCUUUGCAAGAACGCAUACUUUCAACUCGUCGUGGCCGUCUUUUACGCGUUGGCCUUCGCCUCGAACGCCGACCAAUAUCGGGUCGAACGAUCCCAGGGAUGCUCCGAUUCUGGUGAUCUCCUACGUCUAGGGUAUGCGACGAUGGUCUUCAGCGCGGUUAUGGGCUUUAUCCUCUUCGUGAGGAGCUGCUUCAACAUCUGGCCUGCUUUGCGUGGACUUCUGUUGGCGAGUGGGGCCAGGGACUGA